AUGGAUGUGUGCCACAUUCUACUUGGCAAACCUUGGCAAUAUGACAGGGAGGCCCAACAUGAUGGAAAAAAGAAUGUCUAUGUCAUCAAGAAGGGGGGAGUAUCUUAUGCCCUUACCCCAUUGAAGGAAGAUGAGAGUACAGUCCAUGAAGGACCUAGUGUGAUGGUGGCGAAGGAGGAGGAGUUCAUGAAGGGUCUUGAGGAAGAGGAGUGUGGAUAUGCCAUUGUGGGGAAACCAAUCUUAGAAGCAAUAAAUAAUGACAACAAGGAAGUCCCUAAGGAGAUGCAAACCCUACUUUACAAGUAUGAGGGUAUAGUAAUGAAGGAGUUGCCUAAUUCCUUGCCUCCCAUCCAUGAUGCGAGUCAUCAUAUCGAUCUCAUUCCUGGUGCAAGUCUACCAAACAAGGCAACAUACAAGAUGAUACCUGAACAAAAUGAGGAGAUCAAGAAGCAGGUCCAAGAAUUGCUUUAUAAGGGCUUGGUGAGAAAGAGUUUGAGCCCAUGUGCCAUGCCAACUAUUUUGGCACCCAAAAAAAUGGAGAUUGGAGGCUUUGUAUAG